UGAUUGAUCGAAAUGGCACGUCCGUUUAUUUUCGAUGAUCGAUUAUGACUUUGGUUUGAUUUUCAAUCCCUACCAUUUUGACAAUAUUUGUGUGAACGUUUGACCUGUUGUGUUUAAAUAAUUGUGGAAAUAUGGAUGAUAAAAUAGCAUGUCUGAUAAAAGUAAUUAAAAUUUUUCAUUGUUUUGUUCAACAUGUUAAUCAUGGUAAGUCGAGGAUAUGUACCCAGCCAACUGUUAAGUGAAGAGGUAGGCAUGUGCUCUCUUUAAUGUAGUGUUUUAGCUAGAAAUGAAAAAGGGCAGAGUGGGCCCAAAAAGGAUCAGUAUACUUUCUUUAAUUAAAGCUUCACUCUCACAGAAUUACUGUUUUCCAACUUUUUUCAUUUUUAGCUCGAUUAUUUGAAGAAUAGGUGGGCUAUACUACUUCAUUCAAUUGACUUAAUACUUCACACAGUUGUUCAGGGCCAUCACAUGAUGAGGUUAGAUAACUCCAUAUUAUUCUUUACACAGAUUAUGGCCCCUGAUUGACUAUGGAACUUAGGUUAAAGUUUUAGGGCAGGUUGGGAUAUUUAUUAAUAACUUCUAUACCCUUUGUACAAUUGACUUAAUACUUCACACAGUUGUUCAGGACCAUCACACAAUGAGGUUACAUAAUUCUAUAUCCUUAAUACAAGUUAUGGCCCCUGAUUGACUUAGGUUAAAGUUUAUAGGCAAGUGAAAGUUAUGGGCAAGUUGGGAUUUAAAUAAAAAACUUCUAUACCUUUCGUUCAAUGCACUUAAUAAAAUUCAAAAUAAUUUCCGACCAUCUUACAACAAGAAACAUAACUCCAUUUUAACCCUAAAUACAAAUUAUGUCCCUCCAAUAUUUUUUUAUUUUUUUUUAUUUCUUUUGACAGGCACAUUUUUACAUUCUUAACCAGUUUUUUACCUAGGGAAAACAAGGAGGGCUAUACUAUUUGGCCCUUGAAUUUUUUUUUUUUUUAAUUUCUUUUGAAAGGCAUAUUUGUAUAUUCUUUACCACAUUUUCAAUAUGGGAAAUCAAUUUAUUUGAAUGAAUUGCGUCAUUUUUCGGGUGGUGGGAGGGCAGCAUCAAAGUCACCUUAUGUAUUGAAUAAUUUUAGUUAGGUUUGACAUAAAUAGACUAAACUUGGUAAUAUUAGAUUGUUAUUUUAUUCACUUCUAAGUCAAAACGGUGAAGUCGAGCCCGCUGUCAUACGACAGCUCUUGUUUGACUUAGAAUUUACAAUAAAGUGUGCGUACCACCUCAAAUAUUUUCCAAUUCAAUUGUCAUCUGGCUUUGAAACUUUGCACACUUGUUCACCAUCAUGCCCCCAACCUGUACAGAGGAGGAGGUAAUUCUAUCAAGUCUUUUGACAGAAUUAUGCCCUUUUUUGACUUUGGAUAGCAUUUGAAUGUUUUUCCAGUUACGUCAUUAAAACAAGGAAAGUCGAUGGUAGCCGUCCAAUGAAAACGCUUCGUGUAUUUAAGUCAUAGCCGAGUGCGCGGUCAAGGUCAAAAUUGCAAGAAGGUGAUUCGAAGUGAAAGUAGAAAUACUGCAACAAAAAAAGUUUGAUUUGGAUAAAUACGCGUCUUACUCAAUGAGUUUUUAACGGUAUGAAUGAUAUUUUAAGCUUCUCUUUGUAAUGCAUACGGAAAGUUUGCAUGUCAGUCUGUUUUUAACGUGUUUUAGGGGGGAAACGUUGUUUUUCAACCUCCCGGUUCUUUCGUAAUGGCGAAUUUCAGCUUCUGGUCGGUGCAUUUUGUUGGAAUAUGCCGUAAAAGUCAAUCUUACUAGCAUAAAAGUUAUAUUUUUCUUGUAGAUGGGAAUCUUACCUUAUCAGAACAGUAAAAAAUUAUUAGAUUAUCUCAAUUAUUUUAGGAACUAUGCUCUAUUGAUUAGCCGUUUGGAAUUGAUGAUUUUUUGCACAUGUUUUCACUAUCUUGACCGAAAUAAAUAAAUAAUUUAAAAAAAUAAAAUAAAAAAAAUAAAAAAAUAAAUAAAAAAUAAUAAUAAGAAAAUAUGAAAUAAGUAUGUAUUACUGUAUCCAGGCAAUGUGACGAGCACCUGUGCUUCUGUGUGUAGACCUGUUUACACGGGGACACACUGAAAAUUGGAAUUUGCUGUACAGUUUCUGACUACAGAAAAAGAGGAGAAUGUGACAUUGGAUUUGGCUUGUUUGUCUAAAAGACAAUAAAGUUAUACCAACAUAUUGCAUACCAUUUUAAAGGGCAUUGACUCCUCUUUUCAUGUCACCUAUUUUAAAAUGGAUUGUAUGUUGAUUAAGAAACUUAAAAAAACUCGACUCAACUGUAAAAUCUGGUAAGUUUGAGUUACAUGUACAUACCUUGUUUCUUUCUUGUAUAUCAGACAUUAAAUUUCCUCUGAUGUGUUGUUUAUCUCAUUAUAUAUACCCAAAAUGAUAUUAAUCAACAUUUUAGACACAAACAAUGAGCCAGAUGUCUUUGGUUUUGCCAGUGCAAGUUUCAGUGACUAUUAAAAAGACUACAAAAGUGUAGAAGCACAUAUUAAAAUCAUGCACAUAUAUAUACAGAAUUGAUUUUAAAAUUAUCAUGAUGUGAAAAUGACAGCUUGUUUUGCCUUUAUAAUACAGACUAUUGUUGCAUCAUUUAAUCGAUUACCAAUUAUUUGCAAAUAUUUAGGUCCUGAGUGAGAAUUGUUUAUAUUUAUAUUUUAAAUCUGCGUUAGGAAGUCUGGAUUUUUUUCACUUAACGUUUUUUUCCCAUAUAUAUCCAAUAUGGCUGCUGUUGUUUCUGCUACAGCGGGGUUGGCCAUUUCUCGGCCACUGGCCAAAUGUCAGGUCGAAAGUUGGCUGUUUUCUGGCUGUUUCUUGGCCAAAUAUGGGCCACUCUGUUUAGACACCAGCCACUCAAAACGACCCGGCCAAUUUUCAGCCAGUUUAUGGCCAAAUCCAUGGAAAUUGCUGGGAAAUGGCAUUCUUGUUUAGGUUUUCAUAUUUAUCUAUAAUUAUUUUAAUAACUGAUUUUUGGCAAAAUGUUUGAUAAUUUUACAAAGAUUUAAAAUGAAUAACAUUUAUGCUGCGGCUGUCAUUUUAUUUUCUGCGAACUUGGAACAUUUUGGCAUUUAUUCUUGUAAGAAAUACAUAACUUAGAUAGUAUUUAACUUGAGAAAUUUUGGACUUUCUGAAAGUAUGGACACUACGAAUAUAUUUGAAGAAGUUGUAAUUUUUAAAAUAAUGCCCUCUAACAGCUGUGGCGCAACACUAUUAUACAACAGGCAGUAUGGAGUACAAAACAAGUGUGCACAACUUCAAAACAUGCAUUGUAUAAAAAAAUAAAAAAAAAAUAUGGAAAAUCCAUCUUAUUUUUAUUCUUUUUUCUCAAUGCUCAUUUUUCGACAUCUUUUUCUUAUUUUUAUUCCCUCCACCUGGUGCUUAAUUUUGUAAGAAUUCCCGUAAAACGAAAAAUAAAAAACUCUGGCCUUAUGCUUGACAACUUUUCAUAUAAUUCUUUCUAUCAAAUUUUAACAUACUUUAAUCAUUUGACCAGUGUCUUUUUUGUACAUUUCUGAUUGUUUGACGUUUAAUAACUUCGCCUACUUGUGAUGUUUUAUAAUUGGAUGAUACAAGACCCAAUAAUCGGAUAAGUAGAUUACCAAUUAUAAAUGGCAAAUUGCGAUGUUUUGAUGUCAUAAUGAACAACAAUUAGCACCCUGAUUAGCGUGAAUUACGUUAAUCCGACCCACGGUGAUGACAGUCGUAUGCCUUAUCACGCGCUGAUCUGUGACAGAUUAGGAGACGGCGAUAUUGACCAAUGAAAUAUUUUUAGGGCUUAACUUUGAGAUUAACAAUGUUCUUAAAGGCCAGAAGGGUGCAUGAGGGCUGGAAAAAUAUGACAGGUUGUUAAAAAAGAGGCAACGGGGUGGGGUCAAAUAAGGGCAGGGCAGGCCGCCCUUCCAUUCCCCAUGAUCUAAAACACUAUUAAUGUGUGCCAUGGAGCUCAAUGGAUGUGUUCUGGGAAUGACGGAACUUUAAGAGCAAAUUUAGUGUGUCAAGAACAUUCUGGUUGGUUUCAGGGUUUCAAAAUUAGUAUUUAAAGGUUAUUUAGGGCUUAAACUAAGUUCAAGGGAACCAGCACACCCACUUAACACUUCAGUGGUGUCUGAUUAUUAGGGAUUGAAAAUCGGACCAAAGUCAUAAUCGAUCAUCGAAAAUAAUCGGACGAGCCAUUUCGAUCAAUCAUCGAUUAUAUCAUCGAAACGGAACAAGUGAAUAUGUUAGAAAUAUAACCAAAACUAUAUUGGUUUGUACAUACAUGUCUUUAAAUGAAUAAACAUAUUACAAUCAGUUAUGUUUUAUAUGCUGUUUUGUUAUACAUUGCAGGUUACAAUUGAUAAUUUAGUAAAAAAAUUUUAAGAGAUAACUUGAUAGUCGUGACCCGGAAAUGACUCACUUGGGGUUUUUCCAAUAAUUUGGUCAUGUGAUGCCGGUACAAAUACAACCGCCAUUUGCAUUUAUCAAAAUGAGUACUGUUUCUGUUUCGUAGCCGUUCUGUUGCCGACUUACAGCGUUAUUUGAGAGAAAGGGGUGUCACAUUUAGUAAUUCUAGGAAACCUGCAUUAGUAGAACUUGUAGUUUGGCAGAAGAGCUGAGGAUUGAGGUUGAUCCCGACGGAUUAUUAGAAGAUCGGCCUGAAGUCGUUCGUCAGAAGCUGAUGCUGAGUGACAUGUGCCUUGUGUCUCCACAACGGCUGUCUGGGACUAACGAUCUGUCUAUCGUGCCAGUUCUGUCAAUUUUUGACAUCUACAAUUACUUAAUAACUUUCAAUAACUAUGAUCACGCCUCCCUAAGGGCAUAUCACCAGCUUGAGGGAUAUUCUAUGUUCCGAGAUGGCUAUACACGAGGUAUUGAGACGGUGCCAUAUCCCAAUACUGCCUUUGUUGCUGUGAAAGCCAAUGUGAAACCGCGGACGAAUGAUAAAGAUCCAGUAUCCAAGAGAGGCUACUACAGCUGUUGGAUCAUGAUGAAGAACAGUGACGAGGGAUCCAUUCAAUCUGCCUAUUGCAGUUGCAAAGGAGGCAUUGAUGGAUACUGUCGACAUGUUGUGGCAACCCUCUUCGAAGUCCUUGACUUUGUACAAGACUUCAAGAAGACCAGCUGUACUUCAGGGCCAUGUAUGUGGGUUCGGCGUGCUUCUCAGGCCGAUCAACUAGGCAAAUCUAUUCCUGCCUCACAACUUGAGACUUCAAUUAUGGUGGAGCCCAGCACACAGACAGCAAUGCCACUGUAUUCGCCAUUGUCUGAUGAGUAUCCAGUGCCAGAUCCUAACGAUUUCCUUGAAAAAGUGAAAACUCUUCAACCAACAGCCUGCGGAUUACGUGCCAUGUAUGACUGCUCAUAUAAAAAGAAUUGUACUUCAUCACCUCUGAGCGUCAAAACACCAAUGGAAAGAGCUGAACAAUUUAUGAAGGAACAUAUAUGUGAAAAUUUAUCUUGUAACUGUUCUAAUAUAUUUAUGUAUUAUUAUCUUACUUAUUCAGAGAAUGAAUGUGAGCAAAUUGAACAAUUAACAAGAGGUCAAUCAAAAAAUAAUAACUGGCAUCGGAUGAGAAAAGGACUAUUAACUGCAUCCAAUUUUCAUAAAAUUACACAUUCAACUGAUUUAAAUCGAACAGCAAUUGCGUUCCAAAAAAAUUCAGUGUUUGCAGAAAACUCUAUUCCAGACUCCAUAUUAUUUGGGCAGCGAUUUGAAAAUAAAGCUGUGACAUUUUUAUAAAGACACAUAGGUUUAAACAUAAACAUUGUUCUGUAAAAGUUACUGGGCCAGUUGUUUUUCUAAUGAAGACCCAAUUUUAGCUUGUUCACCAGAUGGAAUAGUUGAUUGCAAAAUAUGUGGGAAAUUUUUGAUUGAAAUAAAGUGUAUGUAUAAAUAUAAGUGUUUUCACCCUAAAAAUGCCUUGAAACUUGCAAAUGUCUGUGUUGAAGAUGAAAACAAUAAUUUAACAUUGAGGCGUUCACAUACAUAUUUUGACCAAGUACAAGGACAAAUGGGAGUAACUGGCCUCACAAAAUGUGUGUUGGUUGGGUACACACACAAAGGCAUUUGUUCCAUAACAGUUGACUUUGACGAGUCAUUUUGGAAUAAUUCUAAAAAUAAAUUGUUUAAGUUUUACACUGAUGCAUACUUUCCACUUUUGAAAAACAUAUGCUGUACAAAUUGAAGGACUAAUGCCUUGUCUGUGUUCAUCUCAUGUAGACAGCAUAACAGUUUUAUUACAACUGUUAUUUAGAACAUAUGUUAAAAGAAUUGUUGCUCUUGUGAGAUCAAUUUAUAUCUUUAAGGUAUAUGGUGCACAAAUGGCAUUCCUGUAUUUUUCCAUCCAUUUGAUAUUGAUGCCUUGUGAUACCAUUAUUUUGGUAUAAUUUGUACACAAAGUAUAUUGCUUUCCUGAUAUUCAAACAUGAAAACCAUGAAAGGCAAUAUAUCUACAAUAUUCAAUAGUAUGGUCCAAGGAAAACAAUCACAAUAUUGCAAUAUGCUGACCUGCUUUUUAUGACAAAUGUUACACACUGGCAAAGUUAUUGUUAAAUAUUGUUUUGUUCUAUAUUUCAAAUACAAUUGGAGCAAUCUUUAAAUGAACAAAAUUCAUAUUUGUAUUAAUGUGUUAUUGAAUAACAUAUUCAUAUUGAAACAUACAAGUCUCUCUGCAUGAGCUUUUGUACCAUAAUUGAUGUAUAAAUACCAUUAAACAUUGUUCGAUGUUUGCAUCUGUUGUAUAGUCCAUCUAUCUUCUGAUAUGAUAAAAAAGCAAGUUAUUAAAUGAGGGAGUAAUUAA